AGUCGUUUACUGGCAUUUGAAUAACACGAGUGUUUGUGGGAAGUUGUAUUGGAUGGCUACACGAUCAUAGUUCCAAGUCGGUCAUAUUAGUAAUUGCCUCCUAACUGUGAACCAAGUACCAAGUGGCCGAAUUUUAAACUUUCUCAGGGCUUGCCUGACAUGUACAAUGCUGUUUGAAUUUCAGUCUUUGAGCAUUGGGUUCAAUUACGGUUUGUGUCGAUAGGAAACAAUUGGAAUAGCAACGGCAAAUGCCGACAUCGGACAGCGACUUGUAUGAGUAAAAGCAACAGCAGCCAGCAGCAUCAGUAGGUGUAAAAGUAGAGUGGACGAAUUUUUUUGUAUUUAACUAGCUGGCCAACCCAAAAACAGAUAUUAUUGGGGAAAAUAAACCUCAACCUCUACACUAACCCGGGACAUGGCUUGCACCUGUGAAGUAAUUGGAUUGGCCUGCAUUGUUGCUCUUAUCUUGAGUGUUGCAGCCAAAGCACCUUAUCAGAUGAGGAUGUUUAUUAUAAUGUUCGGAGCUGGAGCGAUUGUGAUGGUUUGCAUCCCUUUCAUGAUCCUCCGCCCGAGGGACUAUCGAAAUGGGCUAGUACCUUCUUGGCUGUUUCUCCAGCUGUGCAAGUUCAUGGGCAUCACCAUGGAAGUGCGCGGUGUGGAAAAUGUAAGGAGGGAACAUGGCAGUGUUGUGCUUAUGAACCAUCAAAGCGCUUUGGAUUUGUGCGUACUGGCUCACCUGUGGCCAGUGAUAGGCCGGCCGACUGUUGUGGCCAAAAAGGAGAUUCUGUACAUGCCCUUUUUUGGCGUCGGCGCCUGGCUCUGGGGCACCUUGUACAUUAACAGAUCGCGUAAGAGUGAUUCAAUUAAUUCAUUGCAAAAAGAGGCGAUUGCUAUACGCGAACGCAAUUGUAAGAUAUUAGUUUUUCCGGAGGGCACGCGUAACUCCAAGGAAACUCUGCUGCCCUUCAAAAAGGGCUCAUUCCACAUUGCGCUUCAGAGCAAGUGCACGAUACAGCCGGUGGUAACAUCGAAAUACUCUUUCUUCGAUGAAGAAAACAAAACUUUCCGGCCAGGACAUGCUGUCAUACAAAUACUGCCCGAGAUAUCAACUGAGGGCUAUGAAAAGGAAGAUAUGGACAAACUGAUCGAACAUUGCCGUUCGACUAUGCAGCGUGAAUAUACAAGGAUGAUGAAAGAAGGAGUCUCUGUGAGCUCAAAAAAACAGUCGUAAAACAGAAAAUAUAUAUUAUAAUGUUAAACUCAGGUUAUGUAUACAAAUUAACGGUAGUAAGAGAAAGAAACAGCACAACAUGCUUUAUAUUCUGAAAAAUCCAAAAAAAAAAAAAACAAGAAAAUGUGUAGAUAUGUAUAUGUGGCAGAAUUCAGUUUAUGUAUUAUAAUAUGAAUAAGUAUAACGAAUAACAUUAUUACAAAUACUAUUUUAGAAUAUUUUUGAAUAAUUUUUAUUGUUAACGCAUUUACAUGCAUAGUUAUUUGCAGACGAACAUUUGAAACAGUUUUGAUGCUAACGCCAAACGAUGAAGAAAUAUAACUCUCGACAACUUCUUUUAAAUGACAUUGCCUACAUAGGCUUAGAAUUAUUUCAUGCCAUGAAAGAACAAGGAACAAAUAAUUAAAUAAAUAAUGAAAAAACUAAUAUUUUUGUCCACGUA